AUGUUUAGAAAUAAUCAACCAGACCAAAAUAAUAAUGAAGAUGAAAAUAAUACAAAUUUAAAUAGUAAUAAUAAUAAUAGAACUACAACUACAACUACAACAACUUCUUCAAAUAUAAAUAGUAAUAAUAAUAAUAAUAAUAAUAAUAAUAUUAAUAAUAAUAAUAAUAAUAAUAAUAAUAAUAAUAAUAAUAAUAAUAAUAAUAAUAAUAAUAAUAAUAAUAAUAAUAAUAAUAAUAAUAAUAAUAAUAAUAAUAAUAAUAAUAAUAAUAAUAAUAAUAAUAAUAAUAAUAAUAAUAAUAAUAAUAAUAAUAGAGAUUUUAUUAUUAGAACUAUUAUGCAAGACUUGAGGCUUGGAAUUAGAGAUAUUAUUCAUCCUUCUACUCUUACUGGUUUGCUUGGAGGUUAUAUUAAUGCCCUUGCAAACCUUGACCAAAAUCAAUCAUCAUCAUCAUCCUCUGGUGCAUCAGGAUCAAGAAGUGGGAGUAGUGCUCUUAAUAGUAUAAACAAUAAUAAUUAUUCACCUACUACUUCCUCAUUAAAUAGAGUUCGUAAUCAAUAUAAUCAAGUAGUUAGAGAUGAAGAAGAUGAUGAUUAUGAUAAUGGUGCAGAAGAUGGUUUUGACUAUGAUGGGGAUGACAAUGAAGAUGGAUCUGAUUCUGCUUGUGAAAGUAAAAAAAAAAGAGGUAGACCCCGUAAGCCAACUCCAGAGCGUUGUUCCAAUUGUAAGAUUACUCAUUCUUCAUACUGGAGAAGAAUCACAGUCAAUGGCCAAAAACUAGAUUUCUGUAAUGCUUGUGGUUUACAUCAAAUGAAAAGAAACAACCGUAUAAAGGAAUCAAAACAAAGACAUAGUAUUCAAAAUAUUAUGAACCAAAAUCAAGAGGAAGAAGAAGAAGAAAGAGAAGAAGAAGAAGAAGAAGAAGAGGAAGAAGAUGAAGAAUUUGAGACUUUGGAGGAAGAAGAGGAAGAUGAUGAAUAA